GGUGGACCCCUAGCGGUGGCAUCAAACAAUGCGUAACAAAACAAUGGAGAAGUAAACCACAUAAGAUACCACACUAAAAAUCCUCCAAGUACUGGCCACCAUCAAACAUGUAUGAAGUCAUAAAUCAUUUCUCGUGACUUGAACAAUACAGUAUAUUGAGCAAGAUGGACACCCGAAAGCGAAGAAAAGAAGGAGCUGCACUUGCACCAUCACUUGAAAGCUUACAGGUUUCUCCAAAGAGGGCUCGUGUCCAUGCCCAGCGCAAAUUUGCUCAAGGGUCACAACCAAACAGUCCUGCCCCAACUCCAGUGAAGGAGACACGAGAAUUGCGUGACAGGAGUGGCUCUUCAGAAACAAGAAGUCGGAGUGCUAACCAGGUUCAUCCACCUCCUCCGCCUCUGGAUAUUGUUGAAGUACCAGUUAGACCAACUGUUGAAGACUUUUUAACUUUUCUCUGUUAUAGAGGAACAGCGCUCUUACCACCAGGGCUUGAGCACUUUAAUUCUCCCCAGCUUCUUGAAGCAGCAGGUGACAGUCGGAGCCAGAGUCCUGCUAGAGAUGAUAAGGGCAAACUUUCUUCAAAGAAAAAGCAAGAUGGUUUCACUGUUGAUAAAAGAGAACUCUCAAAGGAGACUGUAAAGAAGAACCUUGAUCAGAGUACUGAUGGGGAAGGAUCAUGUAGUGUUCCGUUCCGUGUAACGCGCAGUACACCACACCCUCCUUUAACUGCCAGCAAUUCACCUCCCAUGCCUCACUCGGCAAAGAAGCUCUCCAAAAGACUAAUGAUGAAGAAAGCACUACUUCUACAGACCAAAGCAAAAUCACUAAGAAUACAGGAGAGGAAGAAUGUAGCAUUGAGACGAUCUGAUAUUCAAGCAAUAGACUCAACACCUAUACAAGGACCAAUAGUGGCUACAAGGUCAGGGCGACUUUUACAUAAAUAUCGUGUUUCAGCCACAACAGCAAUAGCCCGGAAGAAAGCAAGGGUUGCAAUGCUCUCCUCAAUACGACCUAAACAAAAGCUUUCAAGAAUAUUACAGAGAUUGGGCAGCUCCGUCUCCAACCAAGAUUCUAGACUGACUAGAAUGACACGCAGUCAGGCUGAAGUGAAGCAUGAUGGAACUGAGGAUAAAACUGUGGAAGAAGAACAAAAAGAAAAGUUAAUGGAGAAAAAUGAAAAGCGUGAUAUUGGGAAGAUUGGGAAAAGUGAAGAUUUAUCUCAGGAGUCUUCGCGUGUGUCUCGACCUGUCAGACUUGUGAGACAAAAGUUGUCAGUGAAAAAAAUUGUUGUGAAGAAAGUGGUUCGGGUCACUAGAGAAGCAACCAAAUACACUGAUGUUGAGUCUUCGUCAUCAGCAUCUGUAUGCCAGCCUCUUCUUACCCAGUCUCCGGACCAAGUUCCUCUUGCAAAAAGGUUGAGAAGAAGUACUCAGGACCCAACUGUUUUCCCUGUUUUACCUAAAAAGUGUCCUGCAUCACCCAUCCCUCCAAGUCCCACUGUUAGUCAUACACCUAAAAAAUCUUGUCCUUCAGAUACCUCCACAAAUGCACCAGAGUUGGAGGAGAAGUCUGUUUCUAAUAUUCCUGGAUUGGAAAUUGUCACAGAUCCUUCGCCACAACUUGAUCCUUCCAAAGACACUUCUCCCUCUUUAGGCAACUCACAGUCUCUGCAACAAAAAUCUCACCCUAAUUCAGUUACUACCACCCCUGUUGUUUCUCAUAAUCAAAAUAAAAAACCCACCCUAGUGUCCAUUCCAGUAUCUGCCACCCCAAAGAAAUCUUCCCCACAACUUUCUCCAUCCUCCCCAAGUACAAGCAGGAAAUCAAUAAUUGCAAAGGAAGAUAAACAGAACAAAGAUACUUCAGCUGCUGUAUCCCCAGAUUCACCUGUUACUUCUACAACAACUGAAGAAACUGAGGGAAAUCAUGGGAUCCGUACACGCCCUAGCAGACGAACCAAAGAAGCUGCCACAGUUUAUUUGCAGUUAAUUGGUCGCAAACUUGCUCAGGAAUCAAAAGGUAAUGUGAGAGCAGUUGAUGAGGAAGAUGAGGAUGAAGAGAAUAAUACUCCCUCUGUCAAGAAUGGCAUAGACCUCAAGGCUCAGACUAAAAUCAAAGGGAAGGGAGAAGAAAUAGAUGGAAAGAAAAAUCUUAAUUCAUCAACUGAGGAAGAAACAUCAGUGUCCAUGAACAACACAGGGAAUGCUGGAACUGAAUAUUCUGUUUGGAAUGACAGUCUUGCUAAACCGGGUGUCAGAAAAUCUCUUCGAAAAUCUAGAGAUUCGUCAGGACAAGCAGAUUCUGAAAAAGUGAUUAUUUCUGAAACUCCUAAUUCUGACAAUGGACGAGUGUCAAAACGAACUCCAUCUUUCAAAGAUGAGUCCUCAAAUUCUGCAGGUGAUGAAAAAGUUACUUGUAGUUUGCGGAGGACAAGAAGAUGUGAAAAAAGGGAUUCUUCAACACCAGAGCAACAAGAGAGCUCAGGACAUACUAAUUCUCCCCCCUCAUUGGGCAAACAUUCACAAACAACACCAUUUGUCACAUCAUUUACCAAAGUAGAACCUAGAAGACUAAGAAGAACUCGAAGUGAUGCUGAUGAACCAAAGAAGAAGGGGUCGCGACCCUCCUUUAGGCGUGCAUCUUUAGAAACUGACAGUUCUCCAGAAGUAGCAAGACAGAGACGUAUAACCAGAGGGAGGGAUGGACAGGAUUAUAAGGAAAAUGAGAGUGAUAGUGAGGAAAGUGAUCGAUUAAUUAUGAACACUCGUACUAAAAGAGAUAUAAAAAGAACAGUUAAUAUAAGUAGUGACCAAAUAACGCAUAUAAGAAAUGUAUCGGGUGAUGAAAAUGAAAAGUGUUUAAAAGUUAGAACUCGUCGUCUUGGUGGUGAAACUCCAAGUGGUAAUAAAAGUGAUAGUUCAUUAGAUAAUAGUAAGAUAAAAGAUUCAAAGACCUCUGGUAUUGCAAGUGAUUUUAUUCAUAAAGUAGAAAACAAGGGAGAAUGUCAGAAAAGUGAUUCCAAGUUAGAGUGUAAUAAAGAUAACAAAGAAAGUGAACAACAAAUUAAGGAUGAAAAUAAGGAUGAUAAUGGUGGCCUAAUAGUAGCUAAGGAAUCUAAUACCUCAGUUGGAAAUGGGGUUGAAAUUUCUGAUAAAACAUUUGGGCCUGCUGGAAAGUCACGAAGGACAGUGUCACAAGAGAGAAAAACAGAACAGUAUGUAAGACACUCAUCUCUUAGAAAAAGUUUAGAAAAAUCAGAUAGUAAUGAUAGCAUUGAUACUGUUGAAGUACUCUCAAGAAGUAGUAGUAGAAGCAGGAGUGGGUCUUUAGGCAGCAGUAUAGAGAACACUAACCUUGAAAUGUAUGAUAAAAAGUCACUGGGACCAGGGAUUAGAAGGAAGUCUGUGGGAAGUAGGAGGCGAAGUAGUAAUCAUGAUGAAGCCAAAUUGAAUGAGGUUCUAGAAAGUGUGGCCAAGGAUUUUGAAAGAGAUAUAGAUGAUGACCACUAUGAUAAAAUAGAAAAAGAUUUUAUGAUGGGAAAUAAGUCUCCCGAGAAAAAUAAAGGUGAAAGGACACCAACAGAAAUAGAAAAGGAAGAUUUAUUUAUGUCAGACAGUAGUAUUUCAUGCAUGGAUGAAAAAAGUUCAAGUUCAACAGAUAUGAUGCUCACUUCAUCAGUUUCAUUAAAAAUGACAGGUGGAGGUGGCGCUGUUCAGUCUGGUUGUAGCAGCCCAAGUCCAAAUAAAAGAAGCACAACCAGUAAAAAGCUAAGUGAUGUUGUUCGCAGCCUUCAAAAGAAACAAGCCGAGACCCCAAGCACGGUAACCCCAUCUGUAAAACCAACAUUUCUGAAGGAUCUCAGCAACUGGAACUCAGAUAAAUCGAGGCAAGUAAGUCCCCAGUCAGGUCCUCACCUUCAGUCUACUGGUACUUCCUCUGCACCUAUAGCAGUAUCACAGAGUGAUGCCUCUCUGCCAGAAAUUGCACAUAGCCCCAGUGCACCUUCUAUACCACUAGAGAAUACUGCCACCACUACUUCAAAGGCACCAUCACCAACACCUCAGAAAUCUGGCACAACCAAGGUUGCAUCCACCAGAACUGGCACCAACAGACUUCCCCCAACUAACUCACCUGUUGCUACUCACAGUUCACCCCAGGUAGAGCCUGUGAUGACCACGUGUUCACAAACACUUGCACCUAGCACUGCAGUCACCCCCAAUUUCCAUAAAAGUCUUUCUAUUGUGAAUACAGCACCUGCAGGGACUUCUGCCUUUGCCUCAGGUAUUCAAAAAGGGAAUGUAGCACCAUCAAAAACAACGCCCUUUAUAUUUCAGAGUGGUCAAGAUGAACAUGUAACUGUUCUUCCAAGCCUACCAGUUACAGUUAAACCUCCUGCUACAAUUAAUGUUGUGAGUACAGGAUUUUCAUCGCCUCUCACAGUGUCACGUGUACCACAAUUAUCAUCAGUCGUAACUCUUUCACCUGUAGGUUGUGGCUCUGUUGCCAGCCCAAAACCAAUAGAACCAUCUUCCACAAAAAGUACUCCUAAGCAACUCUCAAUUGCACCAAAACCUGCAACAACUUCAACUGCUCUGGUAGCAUCUGCACCUGCUGGUCAGGUGUCAAUAUCUGUGUUACCACCAGGAACUCAAAAACCUCCCAACAAACCUGUACAAAUUGCACCUAAGCCCCCAGCUACUACACCCCAUAUUCAUCCUAAUACUCAGCUUCUUGCUCCUCAGCCUGGCCACAUGAUGCAGGCACAAGUACAGGCUCAGGUGCAGACAAUACCACAACCAUUGCAUACAGUUCAAGCAAUAACUCAGCCAGUACAAACUAUGCAGGCAAUACCACAGCCAAUACAAACAGUGCAGACUGUAACUGGUAUGCCUGUGCAGGCAGUUAUUACUCAAGCAGUUAUUGAUCCAACCCAGUUGGUUACUCCAUCAUCACCAGCAAAAAUAAUUACGCAACCGGUAUUUGUAACUUCAUCUAUGCAGAGUGCUGUCACUUACAGUAUUGCACCGCAGACAGUUGGUCAAGGUCACUUAACUGGUAAUGUGGGUGCUCUUGCUCGUGUCCUCAAUCCUACCAUGGGAGGUAAAGUAGCAGCUAAACCUCAGCCUCGUCUUAUGACCCCAAAGGCACCAGAAUCACUUGUUACUUUAGCUCCAGCUACAGUUGGGAGCACUUCAUCAGUGAGACCCAUUGUGCCUUUAUCCCAGCAAGUGCAACCUUCUCAGCAAACUCAGAUUCUUGCAGUCAUGCCAGUAGGUUCAGCUCAUGUUCAAACACUGACAGGACAGCCAGCUUUGAUGUCAAAAUCCCAAGGCCCAAUCCCAUCUUCAACCCCUGUUCAUGGAAACCAUCAUGCUCUAAUUCCCACAACAGCUAAUGACCAAAUCACAACUCAAACCCAUGCCACUGUACCACUCUCACAGUCUUUGUUAAACACAAGUGCUACCUCCCAAAUACCUGCUGCUGCUGUACCUACUACUUUCCCAGUGGUUUCUUCUGAAGUUACUGUAAAUUCUUCCCACUUGAACACUAAGGCUUUAACUGGUAGUCAACAUGUGUCAGUCCCAGUUAACCAAGCUUUGAAACCAGUAUCUGGAGACAAAAGUAUGCCUGGGACAACUAUUCCUAGUGGCAAGUUAGUUGGUAAUAUUAAACCUUAUCCUAGUAUACCUUCUCAAGCCACUCAACAGUCAGCCAAUUCUGGCAUGAUUGUAGCUAUAACUAAAGCUUGUUCUGCAACACCAGGUGGUAGUGUUAAUAAGAUGAUAUCUAAGGCAUCUGAGAAUAAACUUGAUAGUUCCAUAUCAACACAAACCUGUAAAGUUGUGGAAACUGCUUUUAGAGGAGGAAUACCAGGGAAUGUUAGAAUAACUGAGGUUGCCAAAGUCACUAACAAGAAUAAUGGACCAGUCCCUAUUACAAAUUUAGAAUCUAGUUCCAAAUCAAUAUCCUCUAGUAUCCCAGCUAGACCUCAGCUGGCUUCCUCUUCAGUAACUAUUACAGCUCUGACUGAUUCUCCACAUUCCAGCCAGUACAGUGUUUCAGAGGUUCACAAAGUCACAACUUCAUCAAAGCAGCCAAAUUUAUGUUCUAAUAUUGAUCUUAAAUUAUCAUCAAGUGUGAGUAUUGUUCAACACAAAUCAGGUUUUGGAAGAAAUGUUGCUGUUGCUGCUCUGCUAUCAAAAACUGAAAUUGAUAAAUGUACCAAUAUGCCUGUUCAUAUAAUAGAGAAAGAAAAGUCAAUAGUAAAUCAUCCCACAAUAAGACCUGAAAAGGAAAAGCAAGUUUCCACUACCACUGUCACUAGUUGUAAUAAAUCUUCAGUUUUAAAGAUGGAUAAGGAUAAAAUUGCUUCUACUACCUCUGUUGCUAAGAGUAAUCAAUACAACCAUCCCAGUACACCAGCUCUUCAUAAAUCAGACAAGACUGUAACGGUUUCAGCCUGCAAUCAGUCUAAAAUAGACAAAAAUAAAAUUGAUGCUGCUAACCCAGGUCUAAUAAAUGAUGUAAAAUCACCAGAGAAAAUGCAAACUGUGAAUGGCAAAGAUGAAAGUGAUAGUGAGAAAUUAUGUGACAAGAAGAUUGCAGAUAAAAAGAAAGAACCUUUACUUAAAAGAACUCUUUUUAAGACCAAGAGUCAAGAUGAGAAAAAAACACCUGGACCUUCUCCUGUGUACAAAACAAAAAGUUUAGAAGGCAAAAAGCCUUCUGGAGCUUUUUCUCCUCUACAUGAAAGCAGUGUCUAUGCUUUUGAACCAGAGGUUGAGACAUCUCUUGAGGAAUCCUCACCAUUCUCCCAGAGAAUUAAGAACAUUCAACCUUCUCCAGGGUCAUCACCGGUUAAACCUAAUAAUUUGAUUAAGCCUCCACCUCAGGGCCCUGCUACAAACAAGCCCCUCAGCAAGGUAGCCUCUUUAGCUUCUACAGUACGAAGUCCUGUUGCACGAUCUUUAACCCCCAUGAUAGUAGGUAAGCCAAAAUCUAUUGUAGGAGUAAGCCCCAGUACAGUAACUCCAACAGUUCUUGUUGGAAAAAGAACAAGCUGUAGUACUGGCACAGUUAGUGUCAAAGCUGCGGGCACUGCUACAGAGACCUCUCAGGUUACCAACAAGCUCAUUUCUACAUGUACCACUUCUCAGUCAGUACAGGAACAUGGUAAAGUUGGAGCAGAAGCUGAGGUAGCUGUUGAAUCAACUGCUGGAUUUAAAAAGAAUGUUAGCAGCACUUCAAUAGCCAUCCAGUGUGACAUGGAUGAAGGGAUGGAGGCUGUAACUGAAGAUGGUGUGAGUGCCAAUGAAAGUGGAACACAAACUGAAGGACCAAGCAAAUUUCCCUUGCCUCCUAAUGCUUCGCCGUUUUACUAUCUUCCUUUAGCAAUGGCUGCUUUAGGGGAGAAGCUUCCUGCCCAAUUAGUCCAGCAAAUGUUGGCUAAAACACAAGGGUUAGUUGGGGCAGCAGAAGCUGGUAUGAUUCUUCAACAAGCAGCUCAGAUUGCUCAACAACACCAGCAAAAAUUACAACAGCAAGGUUUUCCUGGCCCUUCCCCCAUAUCAAAUACCUGUACCUCUGCAGUAAAACCUAUAAAACCAGCAAAUAUUUCAGGAUUAGCAGUUACUCCUAUCAUGGCAGGAAAUCCCACCGUCACUCCCAUAAGCUCUGUGAGACCUUUAAAUAAGAAUAUGGACUCGUCAUUAUCAGUGGCUGAAAUAUCGUCUCCCUCCCCAGUGGUCACCACAACGCCCACAGCUAACCCAGUGCCCAGUAUUAUUGUAACUACUUCUGCCUCAUCAUCUACAGUCUCCUUUCCCUCAGUUACCUCUUCCUCAUGUAUUAUAAUAAAUACCCCAACCAUAGCAGUUAACACCCCAGUUUCUGCAUCAUCUACCCCUGCUACACAUAAAGUUGCAGUUACUAGUAAUGAUAUUAAAUCUGUAAAUAUACCUCCUCAUAGAACCCAUCUUACUCCAUCUAUUACACCAAGUGAAGAGGUCAACGUCUCUCCCACAUAUAAGACCACUACAAAGUCAAGAUCAGUAAAAUCGAAGGCAAGGGAAGAUGAGACACAAAAGAUUUCCAGAGAUGGAAAAGAACUGCCAACUCGACGGCGUAGUGGACGAGCUACGACCCUUGCCGCCACAAGGGCUACUGAAUCUGACAUGCAUGAAAUUGAGGAACUGCGUCGAAAUAGACGAGCCAAACGUGCAGCUGCAGCACUAGCUAAAGAGGAAGGUUGGAGUUCUUCGUCAGAGGCACCACUUAGUCCCCAGAUGUCCCCAGAUACCCUAAGAGGCUGGCCCCCACCAAGGCUUACAAGCCCAACACCAUCACAGAGUUCAGAAGGAACAACCUCAUCCACCCCAUCCCAAAGAGGCAACAGACUAUCAUCCUCUCGUAGUCGUCGGCAAUCACCUGCCAGCAGUAUAGAUAGCAGUGUAAAUCCUGGGAAAACAUCAACAUCAUCUUCAGCAAGUAUUCAAGCUAGUCAAGUUUCCACUAGUAAUUCUGCACCAGUAAUGUCUGACAAGACUUUGGCAGAUCCGAAUGCUACACAUAUUUGUGACAAUACACUGUUAACUCGUGCACCAACAUUUUUUCCAUCGGAAGAAGAAUUCACUGAUCCUCUUGACUACAUUGAGAAGAUCCGGCCAGAAGCUGAGCAGUUUGGUUUGUGUCGCAUUGUCCCACCCAAUAAUUUCAAGCCUGAAUGUCGGGUAAAUGAUGACAUGAGAUUUACUGGAAACAACCAGUAUAUCCACAAGAUGAUGAGGCGAUGGGGCCCAAAUGUGCGAACUCUACAUGCCAUCAAAAGAUGCCUAGCAAAGCAGAAUAUAGAACUUAACAGCAAUCCAUUAAUCGGGUGCAUGGAGCUGGACUUGGUUCGACUUUAUGAAGUAGUAGAGCAGCAUGGUGGUCUUAUGUCGGUAAUUGAAAAGGAACUUUGGGGAAAAGUUGCAGACACAUGCAGAAUCCCACGCUCAGCACAGGAGAGACUAGCCAAACUUGACUUUAUAUAUUGUAAAUAUCUACUACCCUAUGCUACACUCUCCCAAGAGGAACGUGGCCAACUUUUAGCAGAAGUUGAUUCUAUACACAACCGUAACCAAAUGGAACAAAGUGGAGGAGGAAGCAAGAAAGCUUCAUCCAAUUCUUCAGAUAAUGAUGAAGAGGAGGAGGAGGAAAGCCUUGACUGUAUUGUUAAGGGUAAGAGUACAGCUCUAAGUACAUUUUAUCGUAUUGCACGGAACACUGCAACCCAGUGGCAACCUGAUCCUGCUGGGUUAGAAGUGGAUGAGAGGUACUGGUCCCUGGUGGUCAAUGGUACCCAUCAUGUGUGCGUUCUUUCUGCUAGCAUUGACACUUCAGAGCAUGGUUAUGGAUUCCCUAAUCAUCGAUUGUCACCGUUGGCAAAACAUCCAUGGAAUUUGAAAAACCUCUGUCAAAAUCCUAACUCCAUUUUAAGAAGUAUGGGAACAAUAGUUGGUGUAACUGCUCCCACCUUACAUGUUGGGAUGUUAUUUUCUACAGUGUGCUGGUAUCGUGACCCACACAGUCUACCUUGGAUUGAGUACCUUCACACAGGGGCAUCCAAGAUAUGGUAUGGUGUAGCAGCUAGUCAAGAAGAUAAAUUAUGUGCUGCCCUAAAGAAAAUAGUGCCAGAUUUUGUCAAGGACUCUGCUAUUUGGCUGCCAUCUGACACAGCAAUGGUUCCUCCUAGUGAACUGGUACGUGAAGGAGUUCGAGUAUGUAGAGUGGUGCAAGAUCCCGGCCAGUUUGUCGUGGUGUUUCCUGGUGCCUUUACCUCAAGUUUAUGUAAAGGAUAUCUCAUCUCAGAAAGUGCAUUCUUUGCUCGACCUCAAUAUUUUGAGCGAGCAAUCGCUUCUUUCAGAGCCCUUCAUGAAUGUUGUGAGCCAUCAAUGUUUUCACUGGACCGUCUAGUACUAUCAGUUGUCAGUGACCCACGAGCAACGCUGGAUGGUCUGUUGAGGGCUAGAGAACUUGCACUACAAGUUGUGGAAAAGGAAAAAAGACUCAGAGCUCAGUUAGCUGAGAUUGGUCUUGAAGCAAGUGAAAGGUUGUCAACUCCUGACUCUCAUCGAAAGAAGAAGAGUCGGUUUAUUGAAGAUGAGGAGGAAAACAUGUGUGAAAUAUGUCGACAGAAUCUUUAUGUAUCAUUGGUGACAAACUCCCAAGAAGAGGCUGUGUAUUGCCUAGAUCAUGCUCUAAUCUUGUUGAGCAAGAACCCCAGUCACCUAGAAUACUGCAAAUUGAUGUACACCUACAGUUUGUCGGAGCUUGACAGUGCAAUAAAACAAAUGGAUGAGCGUAUUCAGCUGAAGAGUGGAAAGAAAACAUCACCCAAUAGUAAGAGGGCAAAAGCUCGUGAGCAUCAUGACUCAUUUAGCAGUACAAGUAGCUCAAAUCUCUGAUGGUAAAUUCAACAAAGAAUUUGAAGGAAAAGAAUCAGAUUACAUAACUUCCCAUUGCUGCAAAGUUAUAUGUUGUCUCCUUACUUGAAUUAAUGGGUUGAUUGUCAAUGUUUACCAAUAUGUUCUUCGUGUGAAUCUGAAGAAAUGGAUUCUUGGCAGAGUAUAGAAACAUGUUAUGCCAAUAAUCUUUGAACUAGCCUUAAAGCAUACCAAGUAGAUAAGGCUGGUAAAUAUAUAUACAGUAAAGAGAAUUUCUAUGUUUUAAGUUUAAAGAACAAUACUAAAUGUUAGACAAUCAGGAUUAACAUAUAAAGAGACCAACUCCUUUUGGGAAUAUUUUUUCCUCAUUGUCAUUAUUGUUAGGUAUUGUUGUAUAUUACUGGAUAUAAAUCCAUUGUAGACAAACAAUUACAUCCUUGGAAAAUUUUAUGAUACUCAGUACGGUAAUUACUGUUUGGGUAUAGUCAGUCACAAAGCUAUAGCUCUUUCACUGAAGAUGGCAGUGCUUACAGAAACUUAGGUUCUCUUUUUUUUUUUUUUUUUACUAAAUAUCAGUGGCAAAACAGUUUCUUACUUAAGGUUUCUUUAUGACUGAAAUAUAGUUUAUUCCAGUCCCAUAUUUUUGUUUUCAGUUGUUUGAAAUUAUGAAUUACUCUGUUGCAUUUGGUCACUGUCAGGGAUUUUGGUCAUAGAUUCCUAAGACCUGACAAAUAUUUUUUGCAUGACAACCUCUCAGAAGCUAAUAACUCAAAAGGUUACUUAGAACUUUUAUACCUGAAAAUAUAGUAUUUUUACAGCUUCUAUAAUUUUUUUUUUU